AUGAAAAAUUCAGACUCUGGCUCUUCCUUGAAAUCUUCAAAAUCAUAUUAAUAAAGCUCAAACAAUUUGGAUCUUUAAUUAGAAUGCCAGGAUGACUCUGAAAUAGACAUACUAGAUGUGUUCUAUAAUAAUCCGUCCCUAUUAAACUCUUAAAAUCAAAUAAGAAAGAGUUAAGUAAAUAAUGCUGAGAAUUCGGCUUAGCUUUAAGAAUUUUAGUUAGAGUUUAAUGAAAAUUUAGAUGUAGAUGAUUUAGAAUUAACGCCAACAAAUAAUGGUUGUGAAGUUAUGCAAGUAAAAUAGACUUAGAAGUCAAACACAAAAUAUCCACUUAUGAGUCAACAAUCCUUUAAUAUUGAAGAGGGACUAGAUGAUUUAUUCCUAGCAGAAGGGGACGAUUUCAUAGAAUCACAGGAUAAUUUAAUGAAUUAGGGUAUUGUUCAUGAAGUUUAAAUUGAUACAACUACAGUUACUAAGCGAAGAUCUGAUUAGCCAGCCUUACAUUAUGUAGCUCAUAAGGCAGGAAUGGAUGAUAUAGAUAAAGACAAGAUACAGUAAAUGAUUAUUGAUGCAUCAAAAGGUUCAUCAUAUUAUACUAAAGAAAUGGAAAGAACCUAGGCUGCUAAGGAAAAAGCAUAGACUUACAAACAAAAAAUUGAUUAAUGCUAAAAAAAUCAAAAGUCAUGGGAUGCUGCUAAGAAGAAUGUGAAGUCUCUAAUAAAUGAGAUAGAAAAGGACAGGGAUUAUAGCAGAACUUGGGUUCAUAUUGACAUGGAUAUGUUUUAUGCUGCAGUAGAGAUUAGAGACGAACCAAGUCUUGCUGAUGUUCCUCUGGCUAUAGGAGGUGAUUCUAUGAUAAGUACAGCUAAUUAUGUAGCGAGAAAAUAUGGAGUUAGGUCUGCAAUGCCUGGCUUCAUUGCUCGUAAAUUAUGUCCAUAAUUAGUUUUCAGAGACUGCAACUUUAAAAAAUAUACGGAAGUCUCCAAAGUUUUCAAAAAAAUAUUGGAGGAGUAUGACCCAAGUUAUGAAUCGAUGGGUUUGGAUGAGGCAAAUUUAGAUCUCACUGGGUAUUUGAUGAAUCACGGUUUAGGCACUGAAGAGGAGAAGAGGCAAGUUGCUUUAGAAAUAAGAACUAGAAUAAAUGAGGCCACGUAGCUUACUUGCAGUGCAGGUAUCGCUUGUAAUAAAAUGCUAGCAAAGAUAUGUACCGACAUGAAUAAGCCAAAUGGAUAGUACUAUCUCUAGCCAGAUAAAGAGGCAGUAAUGGACUUUGUAAAUAAAUUGAGCGUAAGAAAAAUUCCAGGAAUUGGAAGGAUGACUGAGCUGGUUCUAUAGUAAUUUGAAAUAUAUACUUGCCAGCAAGUUAUAGAGAAGGCAACUGAAAUUCACCUCAUCUUUUCAGAGAAGACUUCUUAUUUCCUAAUUAGAGCUGCCUUGGGAAUAUCUCGAAACUUUCAUGAGGAGGAUGAUGAUGAUGCCUGUUAAAAAUCUAUUAGCGUGAGUACAACUUUUAGCCCAAUACACAAACUAGAGUAAUUCAAAGAGAAAAUAAAAGAGAUUUGCGAGGACUUAGCUUAAAGAAUGGAUAAGAGGAAAUUAGGGGGACUCACGCUGACUUUAGAGCUAAAAAGUACUUAAUUUGAAUUGGUGAAUAAAUCUGUUUAACUUAAGUCAUACAUUUGGACAUAAGAGGAUCUCACAAAGCAUAGUCACUAGAUACUAGAAUAGCUCUGGCCCUAUAAGGCUGUGAGACUACUCGGAGUUAAAAUGUCACAUCUUAAAAAUCUUCAUGAGAUUAAGAGAGAUAAAUCACUGAGUUCAUUUUUUAACAAAGGAUUGUCAAAGGAUGAAUACGCUUAGCAAUAGUAAAAGCAAUUAGAGCAACUUGGCAAAAGAUCUCAGUUAAAUACAGGCUAGAGCAAAAAGAGUAACAACGUUAAAAUAACUACACCACCAACUAAAAAGCAGGGAGCAAAUAGUCACGUCAGUGGUGGUCUGAAUUCUAAGAAUCUUUCUUUGGACUUGAACAAACAAAGAAAGAUCAGUGCCUUUGUAACAAAAUCAUCGAAUGUUCCUGCAAAAAAUCCUCUUAGCGAUCAUGAUAUGAAGUCUAAUCUAAAUGAUAGUGAUAUAAACGAUUAAUCUGUGCUAAUCAUAAAUGAUGACGAGGAGAAGGUCGAGGAUGUAACUGAAUUCGAGACACACCAAAAGAUCAAAUCUUAAACAGUGCAGAAUACUAAAAAGAGAACCUAGCCAUUUGGUAGUCCAAUUAAUACUUCGAAUACCAAAGUUAAAGGCAAAAGUAAGCGCAUUAGAAAAGAUUCAAAAGCCAGUAUAACAGGGUCAAUAUAAUCUAUCAAAAGCUUCUUUUAGAAAAAGGAUUAAUGA